AUGCCCGGACGGGAUUGGAGGUCUAGUUCAGACCAAUGCGGGGCAAUUAGAGGUGAGCAAACGACCUACAGUGGCCACAAUGGCGAUGCAAAUAAUCGCGAUUAUGGCAAGGUUGAUGUCGGCCGCCCGGGGUUCGUUCAACUGACCGCGAACGAUGACACGGCGCGCGCGCAGCGUCGCGGCGCCCGCAACUCGGCCAUCUCACACGACCCCGUGCAAUACAAACAACCCCAACGCAACAGUCGCAAUACAGAA